UCCUCUCUGUCUGCAUCCCUUCUCCGAGGCAACGACCCCCAUGCUCUGUGCGAGACCCAUAGCAGCGUCGCUCUGUCAGGAGGAUAAAGCAGGAGACGAGACAAGGAAACAGGGGAAAAAAACAUGGCGCUCAUCCCAUCUCAGGUGCUAAGGGUAGCCAUCCUCCUGUCCUAUUUCUCCAUCCUCUGCAAUUAUAAAGCAAUUGACAUGCCCGCGCAUCAAACAUACGGCGGUAGCUGGAAGUUUUUAACAUUCAUAGACCUGGUUAUCCAGGCAGUGUUCUUUGGCGUGUGUGUGCUGACAGACCUUUCCAGCCUGCUGACCAAGGGCAGUGAGAGCCAGGAGCAGGAGAGGCAGCUUAGGAAGCUCAUUGGCCUGAGGGACUGGAUGAUGGCCGUGCUGGCCUUCCCUGUUGGAGUGUUUGUGGUGACCAUGUUCUGGGCCCUGUACUUGUAUGACAGAGACCUGGUGUACCCCAGACUUCUGGACAACUUCAUACCCCAGUGGCUCAACCAUGGCAUGCACACCACCGUCCUCCCCUUCAUCAUCAUUGAGAUGAGGACCACGCACCACCAGUAUCCCAGCAGGCCUUGUGGACUGAUAGCUGUGUGCAGCUUCGCUGUGGGAUAUGUUCUGUGGAUGUGCUGGGUGCAUCAUGUGACCGGCGUGUGGGUCUACCCCCUGUUGGAGCAGAUCAGUCCCCUGGCGAAGGUGGCCUUCUUCUCCUGCCUCACUGUCCUGAUUAACAUCUACUACGUCCUGGGAGAGAUCCUCAACAGCUACAUCUGGGACUGCUCCAAAUGUGUUUUAGACACAGACAAGGCUAAAGCUGACUGAAGGCCAUUGCGGAGUAGGAACACUGCGUUGUGGGUCGCUGCAAAGACAGGCCCAAUCCCAACCCGGACAGCAUAAUAACAACCUCUAUGUAAAUAAAUUAUUUAAAAAUACGUGGGAAUAUGAUCAGAUUUUUUUCUCUUUUGAAAAUAACCUUUUGGGCAUUUAAAGUGCUGAGUCCUCCUCUUGAAGUUGUUGGACUGUAGCUAAGACCUGAGACGCCUGUUUUCCAUCAAUGACAUGGUGGGAUAUGAGUUCACCCCCUUGCUAUGGACUGGAGGUAUUACGAUGACAUUACAUUUACUCACGUAUUAGUAUUUACUAUUUAAUCAUCCUGUUUAUCCAUCUCUACGACUCAAGUAUUAUCUGAACACCGAGUAUACUGCAUUAAUGGAAUUAACUUAUUGCUAUGGGUGUGAUAUUAAUCUUAAGAUGCUUAGGCACUCCGGCAGAGUUAGCAAAAGCCAUGUAUCAGGAUGAGCUUUCUUCUUAUUUCCCCCUUUUCACUGGAGAGCUUUCUAGCGAGGGCAUCUCUCCUACAGAGUGGCAUGAAUGACAGCCUUUUCCUGGUUGUGUAGUGUCUAACAGCUGUAACAUAGAAUGUUAUUUUCUAGGACAGCCAGACUUGUGAGCUCCACUGUUCAAAAUUACCCUUUCUUGUUUUUAUGUUUUUGUAAAAAAGGGAUGACAGCAUUUGACUCUUGAAGUGUGUAUGGUCUUUCAAUAAAAAGGUGUUAAGUUAUUUA